AUGAGGUUCGAUGAUCUCUUGAGGACCAUUGGAGAGUUCGGACCUUAUCAGAGGCGACUGUACGUGUUGCUAUGCCUGCCUGCUAUAGCGAUUGCUAUCCAGAGCAUAUCCUUGGUCGUGUUUCUCUUUGCUGUUCCCGAACACCGCUGCGCAAUUCCAGGUCUCAAAAAUGAUACAUACGAAGUUCAGGACAAAGGACAUGAAUACUUAAUCAACCUCACCAUACCUCGACUGGCAUCUGAUAACGUCUCGUAUUUGCCGUGUAAAGUGUACACAGACGUUACCUUACACCGUGAUGACAACCAUACAAGACCCCUCAACAGAUACACAGAAACAUGCCAUUCCUGGGUGUAUGAUAAGAGUUCCUUCGACACGACCAUUGCACAGUCAAUGAAUAUGGUUUGUGAGAAGAAAUCCUACGUGACACACGGGAAGAUGCUGAACAUGGCAGGACAAGCGAUUGGGGUCGUCUUCAGUGGAUUUCUCUCGGACACAUUUGGCCGCAAGACUGUCAUUGUCGUCAGCAUGGUCUUAACCACAGUAUUGAACGUGGUGCUGACUUGGGUCACCAGCUUCUACGUCUUGAUCCCUGUAGUCAUACUGAUGACAGCGUGUUCAAGCACUCAGUAUCUGGCUAGUUUUGUCUUCGGUCUCGAAUUGGUGGGUCACUCAAAGAGAAUGUGGGCAGGAGUAGCCAUCAACUUCUUCUGGAGCGCCGGAAACAUGAUAGUCGCCCUUGCUGCCUUCCUCCUGAGAGACUGGAAAACAAGGCAGCUGGUGCUCGGUGUGCCAUCGUUCAUUUUUCUGUAUUUGUUCUUUAUACCAGAGUCUCCCAGAUGGCUACUUAGUACAGGCCAGAACGAAAGGGCAAAGAAAACGUUACUGAAGAUAGCUGAAUCCAACGGAGUUACUAUCAGUGAUUACGAUUUAGAGAGUGUCACAACAAAAGAAGAAUCAAAGAUAGAAUAUUUCUGGGAGCUCAUUAAGUCACCGACCUUAUCACGAAGAAUACUGAUCUUAUUCUAUAACUGGUUUGCAGUUGGAAUGUGCUUCUACGGCCUCAGCAUGAACGUCACCAACCUUUCUGGCAACGUCUACCUCAACUUCUUCCUCUUUGUCUCUGUGGAGGCGUGCGCCUACGUGUUGUGUGUGCUCUUGUUGGAUCGAAUGGGCAGGAAGUGGAUGCUCUGUGGCUCCAUGAUAGCUGGAGGCGUGGCUUGUCUUCUGUCCUUCUUUCCAUUUCUAAUCUCAAAGAAUCCUGAGAAAUGGAUCAUCAACCUGCUAGCCUGUCUCGGUAACACGUGCGUGUCAGCAGGGUUUGCUGCGUUGUACGUCUUCACGGGGGAGCUGCUGCCAACGACAUCCAGGAACUCUGGCAUUGGUCUGUGUUCCAUGUUCUGUCGGGGUGGAAGCCUGGUGUCACCUUACAUCAACGACUUGGUAAUGCAUGUUGAGGGCAGAUACCAGAAAAUAAUUCCUACGCUCAUCUUUGGGAGCAUUACUGCCUUGGCUGGUUUCCUUGCAUUGCGACUUCCGGAAACACUGAACAGAAAGCUUCCGGAAAACAUACGCGACGCUGAAAACUUAAUGACAUAUGCUCACACAGAGGACGUGGAUGCACAGAGCGUUCGUUCUAUAGAGCAGAGAACACGCGAAAUGAAUACGGACGCUUUCUUAUGAAGGUACAUACUUGGACUGUAGAUUGCUGUACCUGUUAAGUGAUAACGUUUGCUCGUGUGUAUGUACAUGUAUGUUCAAGUGAUUUCUAUUUUGCAUCGUUCCAGCAGCCUUUCAACGACAUUUACGACACACACCUACUUAGCUGCUGAUAAAAUGUCAAUACUU